ACGGAGUUGCACGGUAAGCCGCUCUAAGAGGAAGGGAGAGGAUCAAAAGUAAGGUGAAAGGUGACGUCUUGAGGACAGAGAGAACCUCGACGUGAAUCAGGUUCGAUGCCAAAUAGAGGAGAAGGGAAAGGAGCGAGAGUGAGAGAGUCUCUCGGAAGGCUUAUAGCCACUUGAGUAGAUGGGCUGAUAGUAAUCAUGACAUGGGCUUUUCACGUCUUGGGUGCGUGUGGAAUCAUCAAUUCGUAUUGGGGCCAUAUCUAGAAUCAAUAACUCUGUUCACUAGGUGGUGGAUUACCAUGAUGGAGCAUGCCACGAUGGUGACGUGUGAUAAUUUCUGAGAACAUCUCGCCACCGAAUUCAGCCCCAUCCAUCCAUUACUCGGAGUGGAGAUGAAGGUGGUGGACGCGUACUCAAGGUUAAAGCGAACUGAAUGUGUCGAUGCUUACUUUUAUGUGCAGUGGAGUAGUUUAGAAUAGGGAAUUCAUCAUCCAUCGCCAACCUGAGACACGCACAGGGCCAUCAUCCAUCGUCUAAGCUCCCCUCCCCCCUCCUCACUACCUCUUCUUCGUAUGACCCAAGACAACUUGGUUCCCACCGAGACAGUUGGGGUAUUAGGUUCCAUGGACCGUCGCGUCUAAUUGGCACGGUGUAGAAGAGAGGGAGAAAAGUUGCCACACCGACAACGACCGGCACCGACGUCGGGGCUCCAAAGUUAGUCACAACAACGACGCCGCAGCAAAGGGUGCCGCCUUUUCUCGCUCGCCUGCUUCCUCGUUGUUGCUUGAUAAAGCUAUAGCGCUUUUAUUGCUCCUCGACUGGCACCGAUUCCUUUACACAGAAAGGGAGGAGGAGAGAGUGGUGAAGCGGCCAGCCCAGGGGAGUCCGGAAGAUAUGAGUCAGACGCCGAAAAAGCCCGGAGAGGUUUUCUGGCCCAAGAUAGUUCUCAAGAAAUGGCUCAACAUCAGAGCCAACGACUCCGAGUUCAGCGCCGACGAGGGCGGCAACGAAAGCGAUCUUGAAGAGGAUGAAGAGAACUGUGGUUGCGAGGGGAACGAGGAGAGGAGAGCCAGAAGGCUUCAGGCCAAGACAAACGAUGACAACCUAGAGAGCUUCCCAUACAAGCUGAGGAGGAGGAAUUCAGAGACCUUCCGGUCACAGUAUAUAAACACCAAGGAACUCAGGGUCUGCGUCGGGACUUGGAAUGUCGGAGGACAACAUCCACCAGAGGAUCUAGACAUAGCAGAGUGGCUGGACACGGAGGAGCCUGCUGAUAUCUAUGCACUUGGUAUCCAGGAGAUCGUUCCCUUGAAUGCAGGUAAUAUCUUCGGCGCCGAGGACAGCGGGCCGGUUGCAAAAUGGGAACAUCUCAUUCGUAAGACACUAAAUAGGAUUCAACCCAUAAAGCCAAAGUAUAAAUGUUACAGCGAUCCUCCCUCUCCGUCCAGGUUCAAACCAUCAGAAGAUGUUCACUUCACCGUCGAUGAACUAUUCUCUGAGACUAAUAGUGACACCGAUGAUGACGAUGAAAUUUCCACAAGUUCAGUUGAUUCGAAAGGUCCCGUGGCUUCUUAUCUUGAUCAUGGUGAAUCAAACAUACCACAGGAUCUCGAUCAUAAUAUGCCACCCGCCUUAAAGAGACUUCAAAGGUUGAAUCAUUUUACUUCAUUUGAUCACGAUGUGAACUCAGCAGCAACAACAAUUCAGGAAAAGAAGCUACUGAGGACCCUCAGCACUUCAGAGAGGAUAGGGUUGAUUUGGCCAGAACAGCCACUAGACUUGUUAGCCAAGCAUGCUUUAAGUAAUUCAACUUCCUUUAGGUCGAUUAGGUCUUUCAGAACUUACAAUUCAUUCAAGCCUGUGCACAGUAAGCUCAAGGAUUCAUCGGAGGUUGGCCUGGUUCCUGAUCUUGACCUGAAUGUUACUGGCUUCAAAAAGAAAAGGCUGGCUUUUGUGAGGAUAAUAAGUAAACAAAUGGUUGGAAUUUACCUUUCGAUAUGGGUUCGCCGCAGUGUGAGAAACCACAUCCAAAACUUGAAGGUAUCUACCGUCGGUGUGGGUGUCAUGGGUUAUAUCGGCAACAAAGGUUCGAUAUCGGUCAGCAUGUCCAUAUAUCAGACCCCAUUUUGCUUCGUGUGUAGCCACCUAUCUUCGGGCGAAAAAAGCGGGGAUGAACUUCGAAGAAAUUCAGAUGUGCAAGAAAUUCAUCGCAGAACCCAGUUUAGUACGGUUGCCGGCGGUGCAGGAUUGCCGAAAACAAUCCAUGAUCAUGAAAGAAUUUUCUGGCUUGGCGAUCUAAACUACCGCAUAGAUUUGUCACCGGAAAAGACACAUGAACUCAUCGCCGGCAGAAAUUGGACUCUGCUGGCAGAGAGAGACCAGCUAAAACGGGAGCUCAAGAAAGGACGUGCCUUUGAUGGUUGGUCAGAGGGUGUCAUGAACUUUCCUCCCACCUACAAGUAUGCGUUCAACUCGACAAACUAUGUGGGAGAUGACCAGAAGGGGGGGAGGAGAAAUCCCGCGUGGUGCGAUCGCAUCCUGUCGUUUGGAAAGGGUGUGAGGCUUCUGGACUACAAAAGAGCUGAGCUGAAGCUUUCCGAUCAUCGUCCUGUCACCGCCGUUUUCAUGGCCGAGGUCGAGGUAUUCUGUCAUAGAAAACUUCAGAAGGCGUUAACCUUGACAGACGCGGAGGUGGAAGAUGGAGGGACCAUGCCGGAUGUGGACUUCACCCUGGAGAUGGGCCUCGGAGAUGUAAGUUUCCUGUUCCCAUCUACCCAUUUAGUUUUCGUUUCGAAAGUCAACGAGACAAUCGAAACGGAUGCAUCCGUCUCACCUGUGCAAACCGUAUUACCGACUGGACUUGUCGCAGGAUAUCUCCGGAUGGCUGCGGUAGACCGGCGAGUUUCAGCGACGUGCGGCUUCUUUGGCUCUUCUCGGCCGUCGUCGACCCCUACGGUGCGCGUGCGCGCGCUGCUAUAAAUAGAUAUAUGUGGUAUCUGUCGUAUGGUGUGUGAUGUAACUCCUUACCGAAGUUAAAUGAUUUUUCUUUUUCUUCACCUUGUUGUUGGUCGAACGAGGGAUCGUUGUUAGGUUUGUGAUGCGACUUUGAUGUUCUACGUGAAUGAGAUCGGUUUGGUUAUAGAUUAUUUCAUGUAAUUAGUUAUUUCGAACA